GGUUUUGCUUCUGUUGUUAACGUCAUGGCUUCGUCUUCCUCUGAUCCCGGCAAGUCAGAUGCCGGAGGCGGCGCUGCGGACACGUCGGAGGCGGUGGUGGCAGCUGCCAACGAUCAGCUUCUGCUGUACAGGGGACUCAAGAAGGCGAAGAAGGAGAGAGGCUGCACCGCCAAAGAGCGUAUCAGCAAGAUGCCACCGUGCGCCGCCGGCAAACGCAGUUCCAUAUACCGCGGCGUUACCAGACAUAGAUGGACUGGUCGUUAUGAAGCACAUCUUUGGGAUAAGAGUACGUGGAACCAGAAUCAGAAUAAGAAAGGGAAGCAAGUUUACUUGGGAGCUUAUGAUGAUGAGGAGGCAGCAGCUAGAGCAUAUGAUCUUGCUGCUUUGAAAUACUGGGGUCCAGGAACGCUUAUUAACUUCCCAGUGACUGAUUAUACAAGAGAUCUUGAUGAAAUGCAAAAUGUUUCCAGGGAGGAAUACCUUGCGUCUUUGCGUCGGAAGAGCAGUGGUUUUUCAAGAGGAAUAUCAAAAUACCGUGCCCUCUCCAGUCGAUGGGAGCCGUAUGGUCGUAUAGCAGGAUCAGAUUACUUCAAUAGCAUGCAGUAUGGUGAUGAUUCAGCAGCAGAAAGUGACUACAUGAGUGGUUUUUGCAUAGAAAGAAAGAUUGAUUUAACAAGUCACAUCAAAUGGUGGGCAUCUAACAAAAAUCGACAACCUGAUAGUGGGACAAGAUUAUCAGAAGAAAAGAAACACGGAUUUGCUGGAGAUGUUUGUAGUGAACUUAAGACACUGGAGCAGAAAGUGCAACCUACUGAGCCAUACCAAAUGCCAAAGUUAGGUCAGCCUCACAACGAGAAAAAACAUAAAAGUUCUUCAGGAUCUGCCUUAAGUAUUUUGUCACAGUCAGCUGCUUACAAGAGUUUGCAAGAGAAAGCAGCAAAGAGACAGGAGAAUAGUACAGAAAAUGAUGAGAAUGAAAACAAGAAUAUAGUCAAUAAGUUGGAUCAUGGCAAAGCAGUUGAGAAAUCAUCAAAUCAUGAGGAUGGAAAUGACCGACUUGACAUUGCAAUGGGAAUGAGCGGAGCUUUGUCACUUCAAAGAAACGUUUACCCGUUGACUCCAUUCUUGUCUGCCCCACUCUUGACGGCCUACAACUCUGUGGAUCCAUUGGGAGAUCCCGUUCUGUGGACAUCUAUUGUUCCCAUACUUCCAGCUGGCAUGAUUUCUCGUACAGCUGAGGUUACCAAGACUGAGACUAGUUCAACAUACACCAUGUUUCAGCCAGAGGAAUGAAACGGACACUCAGAAAUCUGUGACUGAGAAGAAGGGCAAGUGCCUCAAGAACCGAGUUUCUAUCAAACCUGGGCAGUAAAAAUGUUGAAGAAGCUCAAACUGGUCCUAGAGAAUGCUCUCACUGAUUCUUCUGCAAAUGGAUAAGCACAAGCAUUCUCAUGGUAAUACAAAUGAUAUAUACAUACAUAGAGAGAGGGGUUUAGCAUAAGUUUUACAUGGGUUUAGUUCGUCCGAGAAAAAUAAAUUUUACCUGAUGUUUAUUUCAAAAUUCAAGAUCAGACAUGUAUCAGUUGAUAUCUCUAUCAUGUAUAUUACACCAACAUUAUUGACAAAUUUUGAUUUAAUUUGAAAUGUUCUGUACAGAAUAAGUGGUAGAGUCAUGCAAUAAGGUUAUGAAUUAAUAUGCAGAGGAUUUUCUGUAUUGCUCUGGAAAUUUGUUAU